UUGUUCCUGAGGUGGGAGGUGGCACCCGUGGCUGAGGAGAAGGAGGCCUGAGAACGAUAUGUACCCGGUGGCUGAGGCAGAGCGGCCCGUGGCGCUGUUUUUCUGAUUCCGGGACGGCCUGGCAGCCGGCCGAGAACGAGGGUCGGUGGGGGCUGGCCCCGCGUGGUGGCCGCCAUGCUGGGGGCCCGGGCGGUUGAGGGAGCCGCUGUGGCGCUCUUGCGACUGCUGCUGCUGCUGCUGCCGCCGGCGCUCCGGGGGCCAGGGCUCGGCGCUGCCGGCGCGGCGGGGGCCGGGCUGCCAGAAAGCGUCAUUUGGGCCGUCAACGCGGGUGGCGAGGCGCAUGUGGACGUUCAUGGGAUCCAUUUCCGCAAGGACCCUUUGGAAGGCCGGGUGGGCCGAGCCUCAGACUAUGGCAUGAAACUGCCAAUCCUGCGUUCCAACCCUGAGGACCAGAUCCUGUAUCAAACGGAGCGGUACAAUGAGGAGACCUUUGGCUACGAAGUGCCCAUCAAGGAGGAGGGGGACUACGUGCUGGUGUUGAAAUUUGCUGAGGUCUACUUUGCACAGUCCCAGCAGAAGGUAUUUGAUGUACGAUUGAAUGGCCAUGUCGUGGUGAAGGACUUGGAUAUCUUCGAUCGUGUUGGGCACAGCACAGCUCACGAUGAAAUCAUCCCUAUGAGCAUCAGGAAGGGGAAGCUGAGUGUCCAGGGGGAGGUGUCCACUUUCACAGGGAAACUCUACAUUGAGUUUGUCAAGGGAUACUAUGACAAUCCCAAAGUCUGUGCACUCUACAUCAUGGCUGGGACUGUGGAUGAUGUGCCAAAGCUGCAGCCUCAUCCAGGAUUGGAGAAGAAAGAAGAAGAAGAAGAAGAAGAAGAAUAUGAUGAAGGGUCUAAUCUCAAGAGACAGACCAACAAGAACCGGGUGCAGUCAGGCCCCCGUACACCCAACCCCUAUGCCUCAGACAACAGCAGCCUCAUGUUUCCCAUCCUGGUGGCCUUUGGAGUCUUCAUUCCAACCCUCUUCUGUCUCUGCCGGUUGUGAGAACAAAUGACCCUCCUGAAUGGGGUGAAAGGGUAUGGGAAAGAAACCAAACAUGUUGGUUUUGGUUUCUGUUUUUUUCACAAUGAUUAACAACAACAAGAACAAAAAGGCAAAAAAAAAAAAAAAAAACCCACAAAAAUUAAAGGAGAUUAAAAGAGGCAGAGUGAGUAGAGAGCAGCCCUCAUCCACCACCUGGUCCCAGACCUGCUUCAGUACUAGUCCUCUCUUUGUGGCUGGCCCCCAGCCGUCUCUUUCCUCUCUAAGGUACUUAGGGUAAACUGGAUCCUUCCUGUUCAAGGAUCCUCAUUUGUAUAUCUAGUGGAAAGAACUCUGAACUCAGAGCAGUCACAGUUCCUUUUUUAGGUUAGAAAUUAACAGCAGGGAAAUGUCAUCUUAUUGCCUGAGAAGACCAGCACUGGGAGUUGGGUAUAUUCUGAAGUUAGGUCCAGAUAAGUUUUCAGAUGUCCUGGGAUUGAGUGUGUGUGUGUGUGUGAUGGUGUAUAAUUUGUAUGGUAAAGACAAAAAGAAAAAAGAAGGGGGAUUUUUAAAAAGUUAAGUAAAUGCUUCCUUACUUGGAAGCCUUUCUGGAUUAAUCCAAUUUUGGUUUCACCUUAAGUGUUUGAGCUUUAUCAUUGCUUAUCUCCCUGACGUGCCAGUUAGAGGACUGUCUGGUAUCCAAGACAAUUAGUUUAUAUCAGGUCCUCAGAUUGCCUCUGACUUGCUACCACAACAAAUCAUUUGAUUUCAGUGCCUGUUGGGGACUUGAUUUCUUCUCAAUUUUUUUCUUAAUCUGACUCAUUUGAAAUCUCUUCUCCCUCUCAACCAUCCACUAAGUUAUUGCCAAGAAGGGAAGAGACAUGGGGAUUUUAAGUUCUCUCUGCUUGAAUGUCUUACCCUCUACCACCUCACCUUGUUGGUAUCUCCCUCCCUGGAUCUUUGAGCCAGCAGCCAGGAGGACCUGACCCAGCAGUUCUUUACUGGACCCUUUGUAGGGUCGUGCUGCCAGGGGACAGGGAUGUUUUCCAGCCUGCAGCAACAGAACACUUGACCUUAAAAGUCUCUUCUGGUCUUUGGAUUAGAAAAGGCUUAUGUUAGCAUAACUUAAGAGCAACCUCAGAGACUUGAGCCCUACUAAGUGACUGACCACUGUUUAGAGUGUCUGAUGUUCAUGUAUUCCCAUGUCCUUCUGUAUCAGAGUUCAGCCAGUUUUGAUUGAUGCCUAGAGCUGUCCCAAGGAACUAGACUGGCUAUAUAGGCCCAGUGGCACUUCUCAUUGAUUUUAGUAUGCCCCUCUGUCCUUUAAUUUUCCUGUCUAAGUAGUAGUCAGUUUCUUGGUGUGAUGGGGCUGAAAGAUUUCAUGUCAGCCAUAGUCCUGGCAGCUCUGAAGCUAAUCUUAGCAUAUAAAUGUCUGUCUUGAAUUCCUUGGAAAAAUUUGUGCAGGAAAUUAAGCUCCCCUGUUCCCCUCCUUUCUGGUCACUGUCAUCCAUUUCCCAGUUAAGGCAACAAUGAGAAGAGGACCCAGUCAAGCUAAAGGAAUUUUGUGGAUGGCAGGCAGGAUUAGCUUCAGCUUGGGCCGGAGCAGAAUAGAGUCUCAGGGCAGGCCCAUCUUUCUAGAAUGUGUUUAAUUUUAUGUUUGCCUUAUUUUUUAAGAACUCCAUAUAUUUGAACUGCUCUUUGUGUGACAAAGUGAGUAGCUCUUGGGCUCCUGUCCUGGGUUUUGGCUGUUAAUGAUUACUCCAGGGCAGCAUUUGGUCAUUUGAGAAUUGUAGCCCUUUAUUUUUGCUGUGACUUGGGCCUCAGUACUAGAGUAUUGAGUCAGGCAGCUGGAUGGCUGUGGCCUGAGGCUGCAAUCAGAGGAGCAGUUCCUGGAGUGCUUCUCGAAGCUCCCCUGCUUCUAAAGGAUGAGGUACUGUAGCCUUGGUCUUGGGGACUAACUGCCUGGAGCAGUGGACAUGCUGACUAAUUGGGCUUCUGACAGUGGUUUUGGUUCCUGUCCCAUCACAACUUCCUAAAGCUAUGGGCCACUGCCAGUGGUUUAGACAAGAUGCCCUCAUUUUGCCUUGUUUGUUAGUUUGCCUGGGUCUCUCUGAGGAAGGAGGGGUCCCGCUUCCUCACUUUAACGCAUCCCUUCAGUGACUCAGAGUCUCAGAAGGAAACCCUGACUCCUGGGGCCAUUUCCUAAUGGUACUGUAAGCCAAGCAGCUUUGCCUCUGCCUCUGUUUCCAAGCCCACCCCUUUCCCCUGAGCUCAGGGAUAAGGAUGGGCGCUUUCCUCUCUGGUUGUGUUUGAAAGGAAGGAACAUCUUUCUAUAGCUAACAAAAACUAAAGGGGAAGUGAGGAAACAGGAAGAAGUAUGGUGGGGGCUGGGGUAGACUCCCCUGGAGCCAAGCCCACCCAGCUAACAGGAGCUGCCUAUGGCUGGCUACAGCCGGCUCACGAUGCUGAACUUGAAAGCUUUUUUGUUUUUUGUUUUUGUUUUUGUUUUUUGGCUCUUCCAAGAUGAUAUAGGUACAUGAAGUUUAGGUUAAGGGGGUGGGAUGGGGUGCUCUUUAUUUUUAUUUUUGUAUUGUGUGUGUCAAGAAUUACUCAUUCAUCUUUUGCUUUUGCACUGUCUGGUCCCCAUCUGUAUUUUGAGCUAGUGCUAGGACUGAGAGGCUGCACUAUAGGGAGUCUGACUGGGUUGGGAGGUGAUGAGUGAUACCAGUUAGGGCGUGAGGGAGGAGAGGCCUGGGCUCUUCUACUGGAUCUUCACUCUGUCCCAGGUUUUAGAUCCCACAUUACCCUAGCUGGCCAAAGACAAGAGCAGACAACCAGGGUGAAACUCCUUUUUCCAGAAGUGUGGCUUCAGUUCAGUUUUUGGGAGGACCAUGCAAAGACGUCUGCUGGAGAUAGGCUGAGAGACUGGAAUCUAGUUCUGACUUGGGUCAGGGGCCAGCCAAUCUCUAAUCGGACUUUUCUGGGUCUUACUCAUGCUGACUGAAACAUCAUGUGAAGAAACUGUCUGUGGGAUCCAUGUCUCCUAAACUAGCUCCAUUUUUCUGAAAAAUCUGAAAAAAGAAGCUACUCAGUGGAUACCUUGAGUUCUGGUAAUUUGAAAGAUAGUUUUCUUUGAGUGUCAGUGGUGUUAGUCUCCCAGGAGAACUAGCCCUGACCUGUAGGGCCACCCGUUGGUUUGAGAGUGUGAUCAUGUUCUCUUGCUACCACUGCCAGAGAAAAACUGGGAUCACAUUAGAGGUCACUUAGGCUUUGAUGAAAUGGGGUAAAGUUUAAGUUUACCUCCUCUAUUGGUGCCUGGGAAUUGUUUGGUCCACUUUUAGAAUUGCGGUUUGACUUCUUUAUCUUUUUUGGAGAAGCUUCUGUUUUAAGGAAUUUCUCUUCCUUCUUAACCUGCCUCUAGCCUUUCCUGGGAAGGCCUGGCCAUGGCUUUUAGAAUCUCAGCCAAGAACUUCAAAAAAACAGCAGCAGUAAUUUUCUUUUUCUAGUGUUUAAACAUCCCUUUCCCUAGAAAUUGGCUCAUCUUGGGAAGCCCAGGGAAAGAAUCAGCAGGUCUACCCUCUCUGGGCUUUGGCGAAGGACCCACCCCGGUCAGCACAGUGCCUUUUCUUCUCCUGCUCUGAGCCAGGGUGGGUGCUGCCUCUAGAUUCAGGUCUGGGCAGGGGUCCUACAUUUCCUGCCAUGGGGCUGCUUCCCCAUCCCUUCCUCUCCCUCCCCUUUGCUGGCCAACUCUGACAUAAUUCAGUUGUCUUCUUGCCUUGAGGAACCUUAAUGUCAUCUAGUGGCAACGUGAUAUUGUCCUCCAUGCCUCUCCAAAAGGACCUAGGAGAGCAGGUGAGCUUUUCAAAGUGAGAGAGACUAAUAGAUGAUCCUGGUUUUUUUGUUUGUUUGUUUGUUUUGUUUUUUAAAAGGUAGGGAUGCUUUGGUACUCCUUCUGCUGUGCCCCUGAGGAAGGAGAAUGGGGCAAGGCAAAGUCUCCAAAGCAGAACUAGAAACACCCAGGACCUAUUCAGAAAUCUCAGAAGUCUGCUUCUCUUCUGUGGAAAGAUAUAAUUAGGGAUCAAAGAGCUCUAAGAAAAUUGCAAAGAAGCCUUAAUGUUCAAGCUACAGAGAGAUCAGAGCAGUUUUUCCCUUUUAUUCUAAGCUAGGACUCUGUGUUUAGACCUCUCCUGGGAUAAGCGGGCUAGAUUGGCACCAGUGGGUCAGCUGCCCAGUAAGUGACGGUUUCUUCUUUGCACAUGUGUGGCUUGCUGCCGAUCUGGUUUGUCCUUCCCCAGCUGCCUUUUGUCUACCCUGCUUUGGGUGGCCAAAUCAUCUUGAUAAGAGCAGAUGAUUUGGAGACUCGCUGGACUGGCAGGAAAAGAGCAGGAUGGAUCUCUUGGGGUGGGUUACCCCCAGGAAUAUAAAAACAAGGAGCCAGGAUUGUGCUGGCAGGCAGGGAAACAGUAGUGCCUGUUCGAGUUGGCAGAGAGGGCCUUGGCACCUCUCAUAUCCAGGCAGUCUUGUGAGAUGGGGGCACAUGGCACCGGGAAAAGCAGAACUCCAUUCUCACCUCUAUUUUGAGCUUCAGUGCUUUAUUUCAGUAUGAGGAAAAACAACAACGAACUGAAGUGCAUUUUCCGUCCUUUCAAAGGACAACUAUCGGGAAAGGAGAGCUGAGUUGCCAGGUGGGAGGGGAGAGUUGGCAGGGAGAGACGUUAUGGCAAAACCAGGAAAGAGACAUUCUUGACUUCUCUCUUCCCUGGUGUGUCAUGAUCCAGGGAAUGAAAAGAAAUUUGACCCUGGAUUAAUUCCCUCCUUGGACUUAAGGAAUGUUUCCUUUUCCUUCCACGAUGUUCUCCCAGGCUAGGACCAGCUGCCCAUUCUGAGUACAUGGCAGCCUCUUCAACCAUUAUUGGCUUAACCUGGUUUGUCAGGAAACCAACCCUGCCCCUCCAACUUGGGCCUGGCUGCUCUAUUCUGUACCAAGUACUGAAGGAAAAAUGUCAAGUUCUUAGUAGCCAUUGUAGCUCCUUACUCUGAUUUCCCAUCCUCUCCCUACGGAGACCAAACCAGCUCUUUGUAGCUACAACACACGUUUACAGCAGCACAGUGAGAUGUAAUUGAGGGGCUCUGAACCUGGCUGGCCAGGGAAGCAGUAGGGGUGAAUAGAACUGUCUUUCCUUCUGGGCUGUCUCCAUCUGUCCCUACCCCUUCCACACCCCACCCCACUCCCACCAAAAAGUAAAAAAUCAGGAUGUUUUUCACUGUCC